AUGAUUAGUUUAGUUCAUAAAUUUAACCCAUAAUAAUAAGGUACAACUACUAUUAGCUUUAGGAUAGAGGACAUUAAGCAGGUUUGCAAAAAUUAUUAAGUAGAAGGAGAAGUAAAUUUAAGCCAAGUGAAGAAAAUAAUUUCAUAAUAAAUGUUAGUCCCGAUAAAAGAAUUAAAAAUAUAAAAAAUAAUUAAAAAUGAUCAAAAUGAGCAAUAAAAUAAUCAAGAUUUUAGUGACUCUUUAUCUUCAGCACCACAUCAGGCACAAUACAAAGAUAAUAUAAAAAUAGAAAAUAAAAGUACUCUUAUAUUUGGAAUUGAUUCGCUCUAAAAGCAAUAACUUAACUUCCAAUUUACAGAAUAGUAUCUUGGAAAAAGUUUUUCCUUUAAUGUUUAUUAAGAUGAUACAUUAUACAACUUAAGAGCUAAAAUUUUUGUUGAGAUGAAGCUAUAACUCAAACCUACAGAAAUAUUGAAAUUUUAGUCUCCUGAAGAAAUUCAUAUGGAAAUAUCUACUGAUAAAGACAAUAAGUAUAUUGUAACCGAACUUGACUUGGAUAAUACUUUGUAGUAGUUUAUUGAUUCAAAAUUUGGAAUAAAAAAUUAUGGAUAAGAGUUUACACUAGAUUACAGAAAGUAAAAUCAGAAUGAAAUAUCAUUUAUGAUUAAUGACUAAAUUUUUUAAACUAAAUUGCAUUAACUUUCAUUAUAAAAGCAUCAAGACUAGCAUGAAUAAAUAAAAAUUGUAAUUUUAAAUUCUUAGAAACUUUUUGAGUAAAAAGCAUAAGAAAAACUUGAUGAGUUAUAUUCAAGAUAUGCUUCAAGUAUUGAAAAAAAAGAAGAUUUAUUAUACACUCUUUAUUAAAAUUACUUGUUGAAUAUUACUGUGGGUAAUGAAAAUAUGAUUGAUAUCAAAAAAUAUUUUGAGUAAAAUCAAAAAUUAAAAAAUGGGGACGUGCUAAUAUUUGCUUUAUCUGGUGAAUCUUGA